CAGAACACAUUUCAAGAAAGAGAAAGAGAAAGCCCUUGUUUGUUCUCUCUCUCUCUCUCUCUCUCUCUCUCUCCUUCUCUCCUCUUGUGAAUUCAUUCAUUCUUUCUUGAUGAGAGCUCGCUCGAUCCCCUCCCAAGUCCCACCAUACCGACUCUAUUUUGCUGUGGUGCAUUGUUGUCUAAACUUAAACUUAAACUUAGAAGGGAAAGGGUUGUGAGGAGGUCUCUCUCUCUAGCUUCCAAGAUUUUUGACUUAAUACUUUGUGGUCUCACUCAAUCAAAUAAAUCAUACCCACCACCAGAGAAGCAUGCAGCAGAUCAUCUCCUGAUUUCUUCUUCCCUCCAUUAAUCCAAUCAGUACUACAACUUUCUUUUCUGUGUUUCCAACUCUACUUUCUCCACUUCCUUCCAAAUUCAACCCAAACGCUCUGAAAGGACUUGAAUGUGCCACUACGUACUCAAACAAUGAAUCAUGGGACUUCAAAGCUGUCGUCCUGGUCCAAGAAAUUGCUUGGGAAAUGGUUCAACCUAAACAGCAGAACUGAAUGUCAGGGAGAAGAUAGUGGUGGUGAGAGAGAUUGUGGGGAUUCGGAAUGGAGGAACAACUCUUUAAAGAGAGAAGCAUCUAGACUUAAGAAGAAGAAGAGUAGUAGAAGCAGGAAUGGCAGAGUUGAUCUUGAUCAUCCCCAAAUCAUUAACGUUCAGAACUAUAGCGUCUUUGUAGCUACAUGGAAUUUGGGUGGGCGAUCCCCUUCAAGUAAUAUGAACCUCGAUGAUUUCAUACAUUCAGCACCGCCUGCAGAUAUAUACGUUCUUGGGUUUCAAGAAAUAGUUCCUCUAAACGCCGGCAAUAUUCUUGGAGCUGAAGACAACGGUCCUGCUAAGAAAUGGCUGUCUCUUCUGAGAAGAAGUCUGAAUGACCUUCCUGCAGGAAUGAAUGGCGGUCCGCCAUCUCCCACUCCAAAUCCCGUGGCGGAAUCAGAUGCAGACUUUGAAGGGUCAAUAAAUUAUAAGAAAUCCUCUUUUUUCCCACGGCGAUCAUACCAGGAGGCACCGCAGAGAAAUCACGAUGAAUCUGAGCGGCGAUACAGCGUUUGCGACAGGGUAAUGUUCGGUCAGCAGCAGUCUGCAACAACAACGACGUGUGAUCAGGUUGAGUCGACGUGGGGUGAUAGGCCGAGUGAUUAUUCGUCGGGGAGAAGGAUGAGUGACUUUUCAAGGUGGGGUUCAUCAGACGAGGAUUGCAAUUACAAGCCUAAUUGUGAAUAUGAUUCUCCAAGCACUGUUUUAUUCUCCUCGCCAAUCAUGGAAGAUGAAUACAGAACGAGACAGUCUAAGUACUGUUUGGUAGCAAGUAAGCAAAUGGUUGGAGUUUUUCUCACAGUAUGGGUGAGGAGCGAGUUAAGGGAACACGUCACUAACAUCAAAGUGUCCUGUGUCGGCAGAGGAUUGAUGGGUUACCUCGGCAACAAGGGAUCCAUUUCCAUUAGCAUGUUAGUUCAUCGUACAAGCUUCUGUUUCGUGUGUAGUCACUUGACCUCAGGACAGAAAGAGGGGGAUGAGUUACGCAGGAAUGCUGAUGUUUCGGAGAUUCUAAGGAAGACUAGAUUUCCGCAAGUUAUAAACAUGAAAGCAGCAGGGGGGGAUAUAUUAAUGAAAUCUCCAGAAACAAUCCUCGAGCAUGAUCGAAUAAUUUGGCUUGGAGAUCUGAACUAUCGAAUAGCACUGUCACAGCGAUCAGCUAAGGCGCUUGUUGAGAUGCAGAACUGGAGGGGACUGUUAGAAAAUGAUCAGCUGAGAAUUGAACAAAGACACGGUAGGGUUUUCCAAGGAUGGGAAGAAGGGAAGAUAUACUUUCCACCAACAUACAAGUAUUCUUACAAUUCGGAUAGAUAUUCCGUGGAUAAUCAACAUGUACAUCACCACCCAAAACAAAAGCAACGGACACCUGCAUGGUGUGAUAGAAUUUUAUGGUACGGAGAGGGACUUCAUCAACUAUCUUAUGUCCGGGGAGAAUCAAGAUUCUCUGAUCACAGACCGGUUUAUGGCAUCUUCUGGGCCGAGGCAGAAUAUUCAGUAUACCAACAACACUCGAGGAAAAGCACAAGCUGUUCAAGUUCUCGGAUUGAAGCUGAGGAUCUUUUUCCUUAUUCAAAUGGCUAUACUGAACUUUGCUUUUUCUAAACACAUACUUAAUUAGGUGUACAAACAGUACAUAUAUGGCUGCUUUUCUUCUUCUCCCUGAUAAGAUGGAAUGAGAUUAUAUAUAUAUAUAUCCUUAAUUACCAGUUUGAUUCAUUAAUUCUCCAUGAAAGAAAGAAAGAAAGAAAGAAAGAAAGAAAGUGCAGUCAAAUUUGGUGUGGA